AUGUGCUUACCCGCAGUCGGGCGACGGACACCACCUUGUAUCUGUUGUGCAAAAUGUGAGCGACCGUUUCGUUACGGUACUGAUGACACAAUAACAAUCAAUCGUAAAACGUAUCAUUCGGACUGUUUAUCGUGUGAUAAUUGUUCACGAGCGUAUGAUGGUAGUUUUGCACCAGAUGAAAAUGAUAAAGAAGCUCUUUGUCAGCAAUGUUUACUAAGCAGACGAACAAAAUCAUCAUUAAAUAUCUCGAAUGAAAAUCCUGUUGAACAAAAGAACAAGUGUGGAGGAUGUGCCAUGCCACUUAAUCCUAAUUCUCGCCACAUAACGAAAAAAUAUCAAGGUAAAGAGUAUCAUCACAAUUGUUUGAAAUGUAGUCAAUGUUCCAACUUGAUCGAAGGCGAGGUUUAUGAUGAGAAUAAUAAUUUAUUUUGUGGAAAAUGUUAUAAGACGAAAAAUAAUAAACGUUUUCAAGAAAUAAAUACUGAAAAUAACGAAAAUCAGAAGAAGACUGUACGAUUUGCUGAAAAACUCCAUGAAACAUUAAAUCGAAAUGAAAUUGAAGAUUAUUAUAAAGAACAAGCAAAUAUAAACGGUGAAAUGAGUUAUUGUGCAGCUUGUUUGUUACCAUUCCAUGGCAGUUGUCGCAUAACCCAAACACACGACAAAGAAUAUCAUUAUGAAUGUUUUUGCUGUGAAAUAUGUCAUUUACCAAUUAAUGGUAUAUAUACUCCAACAAACAAUGGUCGAGCAUUUCAAUGUGGAAAUUGUAUUCAGAAAACAUAUCCAGUCAACGUGAAACUAUGCCAUGAAUGUGGCCAACCACUGGACUUAGGUGUACAAGGGCGCGUUCAAUUCAAUAAUAAACAUUAUCAUAGUGAAUGCUUCGUUUGUGUUUUAUGUAAUAGAAAAUUGAAUACAUCUCAAACAUUUCUCAUUCAUAACGAUCAACCUUGGUGUGCUCAAUGUGAAGAAGAUGUUAAAAAAUGUUUUAAUUGUUCAAAACCAAUUUUAACUCAGGGGAUUAAAUAUGAAAAUAAUGAAUAUCAUGUUGAAUGUUUUACGUGUCGAAAAUGUAACAAACUAUUAGAAAAUGAAAAACUUCUUACGGCACAUAAUUCAUUACCCUAUUGUGUACAGUGUCAUGAUGAAUUGUUUGCAAAAAAAUGUUUCAAAUGCAAACGACCUAUUCCACAUUCUACAAAGUAUAUGACAUUUGAGGAACGCCCCUAUCAUGAACAAUGUUUCUUAUGUGAUAAAUGCCAUCGUCCGAUUGGAAGUAACAACAAAUUUUUUAAAGAUCAAAGAGGUUUUAUUUGUUCCAACUGUGGUGGAAAAUAA